AUUGAAAACUUGUACAGUUCAUGUGUGCGUAAUAGAAUUCGAUUCUUUAUAAAAAUACAUUAUAUUAAUUGUCUAUAUAAUUUGUCUUCAUUCUGUUUAAACUGGGCAGUAAAAAGGGCGAUAAAAUCUAUUUUUGUAUGCUGUAGAUGUUACAUCGUCGUUCGCGGUCGACCGUAAUUUCGAGCGAGAUGAAUUCAUAACGUGCUGUUGACGUGCAACAACGAAAUGUCGAUGAUCGUGAGUUUUCCCAUAUCAUUGUUUUAUCUCAGUACGCUCUAUUUGGCGUGCAGAGGUGCAAGUGAACCUUUGCGGAAACUGCCCGAAAUCGAGGCCAGUGUCAAUAGCGGCGAUGUCACGGAAACGCAGCAUACCGCAUGCACGAUCGCAACAGAGGAGAUGGUUGCGAAUGCACGUGCGACCGUUACGACGGUACUCACCGGGACUUGUAAAGCAAAGAAAAUGGACGAAAAAUUCGCGAGCCUAGAGAGAAAGUUGAUGGGAGAGUUCGCACAUAUCAAGUGGUUACUCCACAAUGUUUUGGAGCAGCAACCGAAUCAAUUGAAAAAUAUACGAAAUGCUAAUCUGUACGACGUUACAACAUCCUGUGCUUAUGUAUCGCCGAGACAGACCGAGAUCGAUAAAUUCAACAAUACCGUGCAAAACUUGUCAACAUUAAACGAUACGACAAGUGCAUUCAUUUACUACUGGCAGGUGAAUCAGUUUAAUGAAAUGCUGAAGAAUUGGCAUACUGGUCGUUCAAUGCGCAGCCCUAUCUUCUACGUGGGUCAACACGGUUACGCCAUGUAUUUGAAAAUUACGCCAAAAUAUUUUCCCGAUGGUACGAUCUUUGUUGGUGUCGGACUGACUGCUGGUCGUUACAAUUCCAUUCUCGCGUGGCCGUUUCCACAUAGGAUCCGCCUAGAGAUUUUAGAUCAUUCUCCGGAAAAUGUACGUGAGGACCGGCGAUCACGAAUUUGGGAUCCAGCAACAAUUUGCACGGGAAAGUUUUGGGGAAGACCAGCGAACGCAAAGGACAAUCCAGAGUGUGUCGGUUUAAGUAUACCCAGGUAUCUCAUUGUAUCAAACUCGUUAUCAACCAUAUCUCAGGAAUAUUUGAGAAAACGCAGGUAUAUGUGGAACGGAAAUCUGCUAAUAAAACUUGUUGUUUAUUUAUAAACUAUUCAAGAUAAGUAUAUAAAAAAGUGUCAUUUAUUAUGUGCAAUGUUCUUGCUAAUAUUUACUUUUAAUAUAUAUUAUUUUACAAUUACAAUUUGAAAAAAAAAUUAUUACAUAUUAAAUAAAACAAAGUAGUUAAAAUAGGAGAUUUGGAUAUUAAUUAAGUAAAGAUAACAGGUUUUGUAUAAUUUAUUGAAUACAAAUCAGAUCGAAUUUAACAAUUAUGUGAAAAUUAUACGACUUAAAGUUACUUAGCAGUAAAUAAUUACAAUCCCGUCAAUCGGGUACAUACAAAUAAAUACAUAGCCAUCGAGAUGUUUUUAUAGAUAAGUGAAGAUUUCUAAGCUAAUACUUUUUAGCAUUAAUAUAGCGGUUUCAUUUUUAUAUGCUUCCUUCAUGGACAGUGCAGUAACAAUGAUAAACUUUCUGUAGAAGUUGUAUACAAAAUAAAAUGUCAUACAAUCG